AGAGCUCUUUGUGUGAAGUCUACAAAAAUCCUGCAUAAUCAUUCCAGCCGUAAGGCUAUGCUGAACAAAGACUCUGGAUGCAUGCUGACAGCAAGCCUUGAAACUGCACAAUGCAGGCUGCGGACUUGGAUGGAUCUCAGAGGAUCUCUGUAUCACUCCUGAAAUCAAUACUCAUGGAGCGGGAGUUUAAAAUAAAUGACCUCACAAAAGAAAUUAGGAAGGUGCAAAGUGAGAAUAUACGCUUGCUAGAAGAAGGGCAACAUCUUCUUUCUGAAAAUGACAGACUUCAGCGGGAAAUGGAGGCUAUGACAUUUGAGAAAGAAAGAAAGGAACAAGGUUUAUUCUUUUCAUUGGACCGAUGUUCGCCACUGAUUUUUCAGAAAGAAAUCUCGAACCUUAAAAAUCAAAUUAAUGACCUCCAGGAGGCCAAUGAAAGUGCUGUUUUUGAGCUAGAAAAAGCUGAGGAGGAGAUUUCACAGCAAAGAAAGGACUUUUCAAAACUAAAAGCAGAAUAUGUUCAAAAGCUUGAGGAUUCACAAGAAGAAAUAAAGAUGCUUACAGAGAAGAUUAGUGACACAUCAUCCAGAUUACUUCACCCUGAAAAUUACCAAGAAGGCCUCCAAAAGGAAAUUGCCCAACUUAGAAGUGAGUGUAGAAGAGUAAGGACCCAAAGUCACCAGUUGAGAGAGGAAAACUACCGCCUUAAAGAAGAUCUAUGGGAUCUUAAAAUGCAGCAUGGAUGUUUGCUUGAAAGACAACAUGGUUUGUCUCUUGAGGGAGAUGACUGGGUUGAAAAAGAUAAUGUAACUGUUCCCUCAAACCGAAAACACCUCUCACAUGGAUGGCAUUCUGAAGACCAGAGUCUUUACAGGAAUAAUGCUUUUAAAGUUGAUGGAACCUUUUCAAAAUGCAAAGCAGCCCUGAGUUCUGUGAACAUAAAAGAACCCUGGGAAAGUAAACACGAGGAGCGUUUUACACAUAAUACUUCACCAUUUUCAAUGGACAGUGAAAGCACUGAGGUUUUGAUCAUGGCUUCUGAAGAUACCUUUCGUAAACCCGCUCAAACACACAUCCUUGGUCAAGAAAUACAUGAGUUGAGUGAUGAAGACUUAUGUUCUGUAAAGGAAAACAGGAAUAUUGUUCUUCCGGCCUCUCCACAGACUACAAAAACAUUUGGUACACCCACUAUCAAAAUAACUACUAGCAAAAGACCAUAUCUACCUGUGUUACCACGUCGCCCAUUUGCUCCAAAAAGUGUUGCCGACCUAAAUCUUGGAGAUCUGGUAAAAUUUUCACGUCCAGGUGGCAAAAUAAGCAAAGGCACAAUCCAAUACAAGGGUCACCUUCCUGGAAGAGAGGAGGUGUAUCUAGGAGUUGAGCUGGAAGGAGACGAGCUUGCGAAACAUGAUGGCAUUUUCCAGGGAACUCGAUAUUUCCUUUGCAAACCAAAUAAGGGAGUAUUUGUCAAUUUCAGCAAGGUUAUCAUGGCCUGGAAUUAAAUGGCGGAAGACUGUGCAAAAUAACCAGAUUCAGAAAGAUGUACAAAUUCGGUGUGGUUAUUGUUUAUUCUGACCUAUACAAAUGUUCUGUAUUUGUAGUAAAUCUGUUUGUUAAAUCCACGUCUACAUUUUGCUAAUGU